CAACAGGCCCGGGGGGGCGGGGCGAGUUCCGAACUUUCUGGAAGCCGCCGAAUAAAGGCGAGCGGCGGGCGGGCGGCGUGAGGCGGCCUUCAAAUCAUAACGGGAGCGGCGGCGGCGGUGACGGUGUCUCCCCCAGUCUGGCACUCACUGGCCUCUUGCCCCCUCCCCAGCUACCAUGGUGAAGGAGAUGGGCUACUACGACACGCUGGGGGUGAAGGCCAGCGCAUCCCCGGACGAGAUCAAGAAGGCGUACCGCAAGCUGGCGCUGCGGUUCCACCCGGACAAGAACCCGGGCGAGGGCGAGCGGUUCAAACUUAUAUCACAAGCCUAUGAGGUUUUAUCAGAUCCUAAGAAGCGAGACAUCUAUGACCAAGGUGGUGAGCAAGCCAUUAAAGAAGGAGGAGUAGGGGGUGGUGGCUUCUCCUCGCCCAUGGACAUCUUCGACAUGUUCUUUGGUGGUGGUGGCAGAAUGCAAAGGGAGAAAAGAGGCAAGGACGUUGUGCACCAGUUAGCUGUUUCACUUGAGGACCUUUACAAUGGAGCUGCAAGGAAGUUGGCAUUGAAGAAAAAUGUAAUUUGUGACAAAUGUGACGGUUAUGGAGGCAAGAAAGGAAGUGUGGAGAAAUGUCCAAAUUGCAAAGGAAGAGGGAUUGAAAUCCAUGUCCAACAAAUUGGGCUGGGUAUGGUGCAGCAGAUCCAGACAAUGUGCUCAGACUGCCAUGGACAAGGUGAACAGAUUAAUCCUAAAGACCGGUGCAAGAACUGUAAUGGACGCAAAAUUGUGAAAGAGAGAAAAAUAUUAGAAGUUCACGUGGACAAAGGUAUGCAAGAUGGGCAGAAGUUAACAUUCCGUGGAGAGGGGGAUCAGGAGCCAGGAUUGGAGCCUGGUGACGUCAUUAUUGUGCUGGAUCAAAAGGACCACGACGUUUUCCGAAGACAUGCAAAUGACUUGAUCAUGAAGAUGGAAAUAUUGCUAGUGGAAGCUUUGUGUGGCUUCAGAAAAACAAUAGAAACACUGGACAAAAGGAUGCUUGUGAUUAGUUCAAAACCAGGUGAAGUUGUAAAAGAUGGCAGCCUUAAAUGUGUUCAUAAUGAAGGAAUACCAAUUUAUAGAGAUCCAUUUGAAAAAGGACAACUGAUCAUACAAUUCUCAGUGAAGUUCCCGCCCUAUGGAUGGAUUUCACCACAGAAUUUGAUUGAAUUGGAACAGUUGCUUCCACCACGCCAAGAGCUGAUGAUCACUGAUGAUAUGGAACAUGUGGAGUUAACAGAAUGUAUGCCAGACGACCAACGUGGAAGUUAUAGAGGGGAAGUGUAUGAAGAAGAUCAAAAGCCUAGAGGUGGUGUUCAGUGUCAAACAUCAUAAUUGACAGAGAGCAAAUGGUUGGGGGAGAAGUGGACUUUGCAACGCAUCAAAACUAUUUUAUUCGCAAAAGCAUUGCUUUGGUUAUCCAUGAAGAAACAAGAAUAUUUUGUGCAACAUAUACUUGAACAAGAGAAUACAUACUUUGCUUUUUUUUUGGUUAAGGAUUGAUUCUGUAUUUAUACAUAUAUUGAAGCUGUGUACUUUGUCAUAGUCUGCCUGGUGUUGGACUUGUCUCUGCUAAAACAUGAAUAUCUAAACAUGGACUUAAAGUGAAUUUGUCGUAAGUGUACUUCUAAUGGUCAUAUCUGGUAUUGCUGAUAAGAUUGAUAAUGACUUGUUUUUAUUUUCUUCCAUUAUUAAACUGAAAUCGGACAAAA